AUGGAGCCAUUCUAUAAUGCUACUACUAUAUUCUCUGGUUCAAAUUAUCCUACUCUCAAUCUUAUAUAUCUGACAAUGACAUUACUUAUCAAAGAGUUUGCACCUUCCGACGAAGAAACCGAAGAUGACUAUAUUGAAUUGUUAUUUGAACCUUUGGAACAAGAAGAAUCUCAAAUGAAUGAUCAAAGUCAAAUUAUUGACAAUAAUUCAGAUAUCGAUAACGAAAUUGAACCAAUGAUUACAAAAGAGCAACUUCAGCAACCAUUACAAGUAUCACAAGGAAGAGAAAGAAGACAAGAACGAGAAAGUCAAGAGAAUGAUGAAACGUCAAGUACGACAAACCAACGUGAUCAACGAUUUAAAGAUCGCCAGAUAAUAGCGUCUCCUGUUACUACUGAAGGAUUGCAUAAUUUGGUUAAAGCUGCAAGUUAUCUGUCUCUUCAAGAAUAUUGGAAAAUAACUACAAUUAACAAAGUACGAAGACUUUGUAUUGAAGAAGAAUGCUGUCAACCUUCAAUUGAAAAAUUUUCCAGAAACGAAUCAUUUAAUAUAUCAACAUCCGAAAUCGUGACAUCAAAUGAUUUUGGACUUAUAGUAUCAUUCUUGGAUCCACGAAUAAAAAGUUUGAAGUUUCUUGGUAAUACAACUCUAAAGAUAACUAUAAUUAACAAAGUACAAAGACUUUGUAUUGAAGAAGAGUGCCGCCAACCUUCAAUUGAAGAAUUUUUCAGAAAUGAAUCAUUUAAUAUAUCAACAUCUGAAAUCGUGACAUCAAAUGAUUUAAUGGCAGCUCUAUAUAGAGACGAGGAAUCAGAUGAUGAAGAUUUUGAAGAGAAUGAACUUGAUCAUUACCUUCUUGAAUCUAAUGAAAAAAAAAGCUACGACCCCUUAACAUGGUGA